AUGUGGCAAGCUUCAGAUGAGCUUCAAAAUGAGCAAACUGCAUUGCUCAUGUUACCGAAUGAAGUUUUGAUUCAGGUUAGUUGGGAGAGAUGAAACGAGCCGGCCCAAAAAUGAACCCGGGUGCUCUAGGCUUGAAGUUCAGGCUUCAGAUCCCAUUGAUCUAAACUUUUGGGAAAAGUCUGAAAUUCAGGCUUCAGGACAUUUAGGCUUAAAAUGCAGGCCCCAGACUCCCUAGGCUUAAAAUUUCAGAUAAGGGUCUCUAGUGGAGACUGCUUGAGAACACUAUUUUGAAGUCUAGGAGAGAUUGCUUGGGAUGAAGUUUAGGUCUCAAGGCUCAGUUGCUUCAAAGAAUAACUGGGAGUCAAGGCGCGGCUGCUUAGAAGAAAGAGGGGUCCUCUAGAAACAUCUGCUUGAGAGUUAUAGAAGGACUCUAGGCGCGCCUGCUUCAGAGCACUAUGAGGAGUCAAGGCUAGGUUCCUUGCGAAACUGAUUGUCCCUCAAGGGACAUCUGCUUGAAAUAUCAAUACUACCAGUAAACCAUCAAAUGUUUUCAGAUAAUCCGACGUUUGCCACGCCACGAUGUGUUCUUCUCGAUUGCUCAUACUAACAUUCGUCUUCGUCGACUUGUUCAAUCAAAUUUGAAAACUCUUCGAUUGUAAGUUUCGAAACUUUUUUUUUGAAAUAUUUGUACUUGAACAGAAAAAUGAAAAAAAUGGUUCAUUUGAAGUGGUUGACAAAUAUUGUAAAUGGUUCAGAGUUCUUCUGUAAUUUUAAAUGAUAAUAAUUGAAAGAGAUAGGAAUUUUGAGAAUGAAAAAAAAGGAGAAGAAGAUAGAACUGUGGAGAAGUUCGGAGAUGAUAAAGUAUCAGAGAAUCUUGAUUUUGGAAGUCGGAAAAUCAUUUUAAAAAACCACAGUUUAAUUUAUGAAAUUGAACUCGAAAAAGAGAGAAAAUAAGGUUCUCCAGCCCCAACUACUUGACAAAUAGGAUUUCUAGGAGCGGCUACUAGUCAUAGAACUUUCCAAAGAGCCGUACCUAGCCACAGAAGCUCUCAAGGCACGACUGCUUGUCAGAGUGAAAUUCCAGACUAAGCUCCUAGCCAAAUCGAAUUUUCAAGUUUUUGAAGCUCACAUUUUCCAAAUCCCAAAAAUGUUCUCACAGAUUCGAUGUUCAUUGUCAUGUUCAUGUUGUUGACUCACACCCUUUGCAUAAUUAUCGAGACGAUGGAACUGAUCCAAUUAUCACCUAUUCCUUCACUCUUUUCGAUCGAUUAUUGCCAGGUUAGAUUCUUCUCUUACUAUUUUUUAGCUUACACGAUUAUUCCAGAUUAUAAACAGAAAAAACGUCUAUGUCUUCGAGGAAAUGAUCAAAGAUACAAGGAAUUACACAUCUCUCAUUUUAUCGAUUCAAAAAUGAAUGCACAAUUUGAGCGAGCAGGUUAUGAUGUAAAUGUAUCACAAAAUGUUGCAAAUACCUUACUCUCUUAUAUGAAAUUAAGAGCAAUGCGAUUUCAAGUCAGAAAACAGUGUAAAAAUGAAUCAACUCGUAAAGAAGAUGAUUUCUUUGCAAAUUGUAUGGAGUUUUGUGAGAGGAUUUGCACAAAAACUGAUAUAAAAUCAAUAUUACUUUGCUCGAAAAAUGUGCUAUUUCCGUGGAAUCUUGGACACAAAUCAAUGGAAAAAUUGAGAUCAUUGAAUAGACUUCGAUCUUUGAUAUUGGAAAAUAUGACAACUAUCGAUCCAACUCAAUAUGUUCCAUUGUCAAAUCUUUGCAGUCUUCAAUUUCGACUUGAUCAAAGACAUCGAAUUGAUAUUCAGAAUGUUGAAUUGCAACAAAUCAAUGGUUCAAUUCUCAAAUUGAUAAGUGAUUAUUGUGUUUCGAAUUUUGAUUUUUCCGCCUAUUCUGAUAUUUCGGCGAUUGUUUCACAAAUCUCUUCAAUUGAUAUGUGUUUAUUUAUAUCAACUUGGAGAAGUUCGCAAAAACCAUGGAAUAUUCGAUCGAUUUCGUUUAAUUCGAUGGUUACAAUUGAUGAAUUUCGAUCAAAUGCUUAUCGAUUAUUACCGUAAGUGGGUGGAUUUUAGAAUAUCUCACGGUUCUCACGAGCGAAAUACGUUCCUAUUGAACAAACAUAUUCAACGUUUUUCCAAAAACUGUUCGUAAUUUCACAAUUUUUUGAAACGUAUAUUUUUCCGGGAUUAUCGUGGACUAGAAAUUUCUGAGUUUUUGUAGAAUAAUUGUUUUUAAACAUAUUUUUACAAGGAAACUAUUCCAAAUUUCACUCCAUAUUUUUACUGUUUCUAGUAGUUAUGACGUGGCAAAGUGAAAACCAGAAAUUUUGAAAUUAUGUAAUUGCUCCUUCUGAUGCUAUCAGAUUUAUAUAAAAAUCAUUUUAAGCUAGUUUUCACCUCAUAUUUUAGUAAAAGGGCUGAAUCAGAUCCACGUGGAUUUUCAUUCAAAUUUUCAACAAAAAAAAUCAAUGAACUUCGGCUAAAUCUGUUCAAAAAUCAAAAUUUGAAUCUCAAAGUUCUUGCAGAAAUGAUCAAAUAAUGGAUGUUCCAUAUUGUCGUUUCCGAUCAAUUCAUCGAACAUAUCCAAAUAUCGCAAUCGAAUUAGCGUGUUAUGGAAAUGGAAAUGCAACACAAUGGCUAAUUCGAACCGGAUACAUUGAUCCUCCCAAUUAA